AUGGAUAUAUUUGGUAUUUGUGAGUUGGUAGCUAUAAGUGCUAAGGUUUGCUGCAAGAAAAUAGUUUCAAAAAUAUUUAUAGUAACAAUAUAUGAAAAAUAUAAGGACUACUUAAAAUAAACCAAUAUAAAUCUACUAUUUUAGCACUGA